AUGAAAUCUGGACCGAAGUGUUACGAGUUCAACAACACAGGUUCACAGGAGCUCAUAGAUCGGGAAAUACGGGAGGCAGUACCACCAGUCUGGCUAAGUCGGGCCAGGUUAAAUAAGGAAAUUAAGGAGGACCUUUUAGAUUGGCUUAAGUUUCUGGACUUGUUUAAUGGAACUUGUAGGUUUGAUGAACUUGAUUGGGUUGAAUCUCCAGAUCUAGCUUUGUACACGGAUAGUGCUGGUGGCGAUGGGUCAAAAGGUGGAACAGCCUACCUCCAUCCCCAUUGGGCCUUUUUAUCAUGGCCAGAACAUUGGUUAGGUACAGAGAUCAUGAAGGACAUCACAUUCUUGGAACUUGCCCCCAUAGUUUUGGCUUUUCAUUUGUGGUCAACUUCAUUCAAGGAUAAGCGUAUAGUAUUGUUCACAGAUAAUUUAGCACUGGUGUCAGUCUUGAAUAAAAAGUCAUCAAAAUCCACUCGAAUCAUGCAGUUAGUGCGGCCGUUAGUUUUGUAUGCUAUGUUGAACAAUAUAAAUUUUAAAGCUCGGCAUGUAGCAGGUGUCGAGAAUGGUAUAGCUGAUAGCAUUUCUCGUCGACAGUGGCAGCGAUUCCGUCAGUUGGCUCCAGAAGCAGACAGGGACCCAUCUCCAAUUCCAGAAAGUUUUCAAGAGCUGAUCUUCAAAAUGAAAGUGUGA